AUGUCGGCUUUCCUCAAUCUUUUCAAGCGCCGCAAAGCCCCACUUGCUUGUAUGAUGUCGCUAGAUCAAGGUCACACGCACACACAAGCGUGCUUUGUUGACAUCAUGCCACUGUCCGUCGUCGAGCUCUUUCAAUCCCAAGGCUGCAAGUCAUGCCCACCUGCACUUCCUCUCAUUCACGAUGCGACCAACAACCCAAAUCUUCUCCUCCUCACCUACGAUGUCACGUACUGGAAUCCAUCCAGUGGAUGGGAUGACACCUUUGGGUCAACACAAUGGGAUUCCAGACAACGUCAGUAUGUGACCAAAUGGGGUCGCAAUGGUCUUUUCACCCCACAGAUCAUAGUCGACGGCGUUUCAGAUGGCAUUGGUGCGACCAAAGACGAUGUCAAUCAAGUCAUCAUGAAGGCAAUGGAACUGAGAAACGGCAUGACUUGGGCUCUCGGGAUCGACCGAGUCGGAAAUGAGCUGAGACUCGCUUCAGAAUUGCCCGAGGCAGACAUGGUCUACGAUGUUUUCAUUAUCCAAUAUGAUCCACAGCUACAAACCGUCAAAGUUGGGAAAGGACCAAACAAGGGAAAGAAGGUUCCACAUCGCAAUGUUGUGAAGGGAUUGAUGAGGAUCGGGGAGUGGAGGGGUGGAAUUACGUCCGUGCCCUUGCCAAACAUGAAGAAUGACGGUUCUGAAAGAGUUGCCAUUGUUCAAGGUGGUGUUGGAGGCCCAAUCAUAGCUGCAUUGAAACUUUGA